UAUCCUAAUACUUUACGUGGUACAGCAUUAACAAAAAAUAUGUCGACGUAUUGUAUCCAAUUGAAUGUAAGUGAAAUUGAUGCGUCUAAUCUCAAUAUUUUCAUGGGUCACGUGGAUAAAAUGGAUACAAAACUUAAACAAUCAUUGUCUAUGAGAGAUGUAUUAAAGAUUUCACAAUAUUUGGAAGCAGUUCAGAAAAAUAAUGAAAAUGAUAAGAAAUGUAUAUCUUCAUCAAGUAGUGAAUCCGAAGAAAAUGAAUUUGUAUCUUCAUCAAGUAGUGAAUCCGAAGAAAAUGAAUUUGUAUCUUCAUCAAGUAGUGAAUCUGAAGAAAAUGAAUUAGAAAUGGGGAAUAUCAAUGAUAGCAAUAAAAUGGAGAAGAAAGAUUUAAGUAUGCAAAAAUUACAAUUUAAUCCUAAAAUGUUACAUCAGUUGCAGACUAUUACAAGCUAAAAAGCAAAGAUAUUCGCGGAAUUAUUUUUCUUUACAUACUCUACGUUCCUAAUGUAAUAAAUAUAUAAUGUAAAGUAUA